AUGACCGCGCAGUUCAUCAAUGACGUUUGCUCUGGAAAUUUCACCGAGGAUUGGUCUGUAUGUAUGCGACGCGAACUAGCUACAGCACUCUUGGGUGUGGUCCAACUGACAACGUCGCUAUCAAAGUCAGCCUCACGUGAAAGUAUGAGCAAAGAGCCUGUGCAUUCUAUUCUGAAUUCGAAAAGGUUCUGGUUAUCUGUCGCAGCGCUGGCUCUUGUACGAGAUCGUUCGUGGUUAGCCUUGAGUGAAAAGUGGAAUGAUGUACGGACUCCAAGUCAAGAGCCAGUCACUCUGUGCGAGAAUCACGAUGACGGAAUGACACCGGCUCAGGAGUUCUCACCCAUGGAUGAACCUUUACCUCGUCGUACCGUUAUUACCAUUAAUCUCGGAAAGGUGUUCUGUUCGGACUGUGAGUGUGCAUUGUGCCGUGAAUGCUUUUCUGUGAUGCAUCUCCACAAACGGAAUCGCUCCCAUCGUGUUACCUCAUUGGCACCACCACCAGCCCGCCUGGAAGAGAUCGACAUUCAUCAAGGUUGUGCUCGAAUGCGAGUCGCUAAUCUUCUGAUUUUGUUCCACGGUGAAUCGUUGAAUGGUCUCGUCGAAUUGCCCUCCGACCCAUUCGCAGGUGCUCACAAACGCUGCGACCAUCGCUGCAGGGCGAUCAACACCAUGUCGCACUCUGGCUUAAGUGAUUUGCUCGAGCCGCUGUUGGCAUUGAAAGCUGAAGUGGCUCAAAAGGCAAACAUGCGACUUGAAUUCGAUGGCCUCCUAGGCUGCACAGCUCUUGACCGAUCCUCAGAGGCCCUGCAGUCGUUCCAGUACAACGCCGCUGAGCUGGUUUGUGGUGGCUGCUCAGCACCAGCAGGUACGGAGCUUACGGUUAGCAACGCCUUCUGCGCGGCCCUGUCUAUGACGAUUUUCCAGGGCUCGUGCUGUCCUACCUCGAAUCAAUUCGCCAUCCAAUGUCCUAUACCGGUACAGAGGGUCGGGUGA